ACCGGCGCAGAGCUCCGCACGCCGGCUCCUCCCCUGAAGCCCGCCAGCUGGGCUGGUCCAGCCUGCGUUCCUCAGGCCGGAGCUCUGGCCCAAGCCAGCCCGCCAUGGAGGGGGAUAUCUCCGCUGCCGCAGCCGACCAUUACCAGCCGGCCAGCCCCCCUCGAGACGCCUGCGUCUACAACAGCUGCUACUGUGAAGAAAAUAUUUGGAAGCUCUGUGAAUACAUCAAAAACCAUGACCAGUAUCCUUUAGAAGAGUGUUAUGCCGUCUUCAUAUCUAAUGAGAGGAAGAUGAUACCUAUCUGGAAACAACAGGCAAGACCUGGAGAUGGACCUGUGAUAUGGGAUUACCAUGUUGUCUUGCUUCAUGUUUCAAGUGGAGGACAGAGCUUCAUUUAUGAUCUCGACACUGUCCUACCAUUUCCCUGUCCCUUUGACACUUAUGUGGAAGAUGCCUUUAAGUCCGAUGAGGACAUCCAUCCACAAUUUAGAAGGAAAUUUAGAGUGAUCCGCGCAGAUUCCUAUUUGAAGAACUUUGCUUCUGACCGAUCUCACAUGAAAGAUUCCAGUGGGAACUGGAGAGAACCUCCUCCAUCAUAUCCUUGCAUUGAAACUGGAGAUUCCAAAAUGAACCUGAAUGAUUUUAUCAGCAUGGACCCUGAGGUAGGAUGGGGAGCUGUCUACUCACUGUCUGAAUUUGUACACCGGUUUGGCAGUCAGAACUACUGAACUUAACACCUGGAUGUAGAACCGUGGAGAAAUUCUAGAACAUGAACAAUCCAUCCUUUCCUUUGGGACAGCAAACAUGGCAUAUUUGGGUUGGCAUUAUGUUUUCAUCUUUUAUUUGAGUUGAAACAUGAGUGAACAAAAGAAAUAGAACAAGUAAAAAAAAAUUUGUUUUUGAUAUGUCAGGUUGAAACUUUUUGGCUUAUUUGUUAAACAUAUAAUGACUUAUGCCAGUAAUUAUUUUUGUUAUGGUAGAUGUGUGGACUUUGUGUCUGUUGUCGAUAUUUGUUUCUUUCCAGCUAUACUGUAAGCUCCUUGAGGGCAAGGCUGUGUGGCUCAUUGCUCUGUGAAUUUCUGUGCCCAUCAAAGGUGCCCAUACAAUGUUUGCUAGUAUUGUGCUACAGUUUCAAGAGGGCUAAUCCUGUGAGCUGAAUCACAAUAUGUUAUUAGUCUUUUUGUACUAUUAUGUGUUCUUGAAAAAGCUUGAGCCCUCUCAGCUUGAGUGUUACUUGGCCUAAUUUAUAUAUGGUUUUUAAAUAAAAUUGAUUUAAAAUUAA